UAAAAUGAUGUUUUCAUUAAAGCAAAUACAACCGAGCGCGGCGUAUUUAUCUUUUGUUUAAUUUGCUGAUAACUGAAAAAAUGAAGUCUUGGAUCUUUAUUUUGCAAGUGGUAUGUUCCAUAAGCCUUUUUCUACAUUGUUCGAACGCGGCGUAUGAAUGUUAUGAAUGGACGGCUGAAGAUAAAAAAGAAAUGGGUACAAAACCUUCUGUAUCCAAAGAAAAAGCCCAGUGCGAAAAGCGGCACAACAUCUUUUCAAAUGGGGAUAAUAAAGGGAAUAUAGGCUGCGGAUCAUGCAGGUGCUGCAAAAGAAUCAGCAUUCUAAGACCUGUAAAUACAGUGUCUCAUGGAACGUCUAUCAUACUAAAAAUGAGGUGCAGUCUCCUUACAAAGUUGACGACGAAGCCUGGAUCACUGUGUUCAACUUGAGAGAAUAAGCAGUGUUUCAUGAAAGCCUUUGUAUUACAGUCGACCCUUUAAAUGACUAAUAGGAAAGCAACGGGCAACUUUUGAUC